CAACGGUUUUUUUAAAUUCAAAAAUCUCAAUUUUCAAACAGUGAAUCCCUAUAGAGUGAAUACUUUUGAAAUCUGCACAAUUUUGUUCAUGAAAAUUUCAUUUGCGUGAAACUUUUUAACCGAUCUUUGUUAAGGCUUGGUUAAGGUUUUAAACUAUUGAAAAUAGUGAAACUUUUAAAUUUCCAACCUUUUUUUUAAAGCUACGAUGCUUAUCAGCAGUGAUAUUCGCAUUUUAUUUUGAAAUUUGCAUGGAAAUUUUUAAAAUUUGCACAAAAAACUUUUGAAAUUUGCACACUUUUUUGAUAGCAAUCUAUGACAUUUUUGAAUCAGAUUUGUGUCAACAAACAAUAUGUUUACAAUUUUAAGGGUGAAGAAAUAUUAUGUUUCGUGGGAAAGUUCCAAAGAAAUCCAACAAAUUUAUUGUUAUUGUGUUUUUAUAACAUCGUCAGAAGCAUCGUCGUUGAAUAUCAACAGGAAAAAUGCAUAUCCAUUAUAAGGCAUAAAACAUUAAUGUUUUGAAUCAGAAAAAUUAAUGUUUAUAUCAUAAGAAUUAAUGUUUACAUCAAAUUUCGCAAUGUCUCCUAAGCUUAAAAGUGUGCAAAUUUUAAAAGUGAAAAACAAGCUUUUUUAAAGGUGAUUUUUUGGGCACUUCCGCUUAUUCUUUCACAAAAGAAAUACUUCCAAAAUUUUAAACAGCUUAAGAACUACAUUUUUGGGUAUCAAAUGAGUUUGCAAUUGGGUAUGAGUGUACAAAUUUCAAAAGUGUGCAAUUUCAAAAGUAUUUACCCUACAUACCGAAUCAUAAUAUUUACCUUUUUCUUUAAAAUAAAUAAAACUCUCUCAUUUAAUUAAUCAAUCAUGAGCGACAAUGAAGAAGUAGCUACAAAACCAUUAGCAAUCGAGAGAGCAAAACAAGGACGUGCGAAAUGCCAGAAAUGCAAAAAUAAAAUCGAUACCGGCGAAUUGAGGCUUGCAAAGUUAAACUUUAACAAUCCAUUUGGAUCAGGUCCAUUAAAGCAAUGGUUUCAUAUCGACUGCUUUUGCGAAACGAAAGCAAAUAAACAGAAAAUAUCACUUUGUAGCUCGAAUGACAUAGAAGGAUGGGAUUUAAUUAGGAGUGCUGACCGUGAUCAUGCAAUUAAAGUAUUUGGUCCAGAUUUUAAAAUAUCCACAGAUGUGGAUUUACCGUCUACCUCAACUUCGUCAAAGCAGACGAAAGAUAAUUUAUUUAGUGAAUUUAAUAAGCUUAUUGAUAAGAUUGCAAAUGAACCGAGCUACAACAGCAAAAGUGCUAUUAUUCAAAAGUAUCUACGUGAAGGAAGCAACAGUAAAAAAUUCGAAGGGAAUCUCGAGAUAUGGCUUAAACUGUUAGUUCCUAAAGUUGACCAUCGAGUCUACAACUUACAAGAUAAGCAGAUUGUCAAACUGUUUUCAAGGAUAUUUGGACUGAAGCAUGAUGACCUCUUGAAAGACUUGCAAGCUGGCGAUGUAUCUGAGACAAUAUCCAAAUUUUUUGAAUCAUCACGUGACAUCAAACCAAUUGAGAAAAGUUCAUUGACAGUUAUGGAUAUAGACAAGUUCCUCGAUGAAUUAUCAACAAGAACUCUCGAAAAUGAUCAAAUUGAGAUAUUUGAAGAGAUCUGUAAGAAAUCCACAACUGAUGAUAUUCGCACGCUAAUUCGUCUAAUCAAAAAGGAUCUUAAAAUGAAUUGUCGAGAACGUCAUGUACUUGAUGCCAUUCAUCCUGAGGCAUAUGAAAGUUUCCAGAAAUCUCGUGAUUUAAAUAACAUUUUACAGCAAUAUGGAAGUAAUCUCGGAGCAACAAGUAAGUCAACAGCAAUAAAAUUAAGUGGCUUACAAGUCAUGACACCGAUAUCUCCAAUGCUUGCUGAAGCAUGCAAAGAUUUUGAUAAAGCAUUAAGUAAAUGUCGUGAAGGAUUUUACAGUGAAGUAAAGUAUGACGGCGAAAGGGUCCAAAUUCACAAAAGGGGAAAUGACUUCAAAUUCUUUAGUCGCAAUUUAAAACCAGUUCAAGAACAUAAAAUCGGAAAGAUCAAAGAAUAUCUUCCAAAAGCUUUCCCAAAUGCAAGCGAUUUAAUCUUAGAUUCAGAAAUAAUCAUGGUCGAUACAAUAAGCGGAAAUUUAUUGCCUUUUGGAACAUUAGGAAAGCAUAAGAAGAAAGAACUUCAGAAUGCCUCAGCAUGCCUUUUCAUAUUCGAUUGCCUUUAUUUCAAUGGUGAUGAUUUGACAAAGAAAACUUUAAGGGAUAGAAAGAAAUUCUUAGAAUCAAAUAUGCAGCCUAUAAAGCAUCACAUUGAAUUGUCCGAAUAUAAAUUAUUAACGAAGAAGAAUGAGCUUAUUGAAAUGACAAAGGAAGUAUUGAAGAAAGGACUUGAAGGAUUAGUAUUGAAAGGUCUCGAAACAAUUUAUGAGCCGGGAAAAAGGAGAUGGUUAAAGGUCAAAAAGGAUUAUUUAAUGCAAGGAUCAAUAGCAGACAGUGCAGACUUGGUCGUGUUGGGUGCUUUUUAUGGAACGGGUAAGAUGGGUAAUCGAUUUAGUAUCUUUUUAAUGGGAUGUUAUGAUGAGAAAUGUAAAGUAUGGAAGACAGUCACAAAAGUUCACAGUGGAUUAGAUGAUGCGACAAUGGAAAAGAUGCACAAGCAGAUAUCACCAUUAAUGGAACCAUUCAGUUCAAACAAGAAAUUACCACAAUGGGUUCAAAUCGAUCGAUCACUCAUCCCCGAUGCGCUAACGACAGAUCCAUUUAAAAUGCCAGUUUUUGAGAUUGUUGCUGCUGAAUUUACCGAUUCGGAUGUUCACACAGCAAAUUCAAUUUCUAUGAGAUUUCCUCGUAUUACAAAGAUUCGUAAAGAUAAAUCACCCAAAGAGGCUACAACAUUAGAUGAAUUGACGCAUUUGUAUGAAGAAUCAAAGGCAGGGCUUAAUAUUGAUGAACUCAACAAAUUGAAAAGCAAUAGUGAAGAUGUAGAUACUAAUAAAAAGUCUCCUGUUACUAAAACUGCAUCAUCAUCGUCAAUGACAUCGAAAACAAGUUCAACGGAAUUGAUGAAGCGUAAAUCAGAUGAUAACAAGAGAAGCAAUGAUGAAGAAUCACCUUCUAAGAAAAUCAAGUCUCGUAAUUCAGAAAGCAAUCAAACAAGUGAGAAUCUUUUCGAAUCAUUCGUGCUAUUCGAGACAGACAGCUUGAAUGAGAACCAAAUUGAUAGCUUCAAAAAGUACGGAGGGAAAAUGACGAAAAAAUCAAUGAAAGCUAAUUUGGUGCUGUAUGAUGGAUGCGAGGUCAAAGGACAGUAUAGUUCAGACGAUACAAUCGAAGAUGAAAUUAAUGCAAUUGAACGAGCUCUGGCGGAAAAUUCGAAAUAUGAAAUGCAUCGUAGAGCAUUGGAGAAAAUAUUCGGUAACUUAUUAAAUACUUACGAACGUAAUGCCGAUUUAUAUGAACCAGUGGAAGAGGAUGAGAAGCGUUCGAUUGCAACACUUGCGAAGAAUGGACAAUUACCAUCGCGAGAACCUGAAACUGAAAUGGAUUCAAUAGGAGAAGAUGAUAAUGGUCAUAAAAGAAAUAUUGCUUCAAUGGCACGUACAGGCAUGAUUGGUGGAAAGCGAAAUAUACAGUCUUUAGCAAGACAAUGGCAGUAUGCGAAUGGAAAGCGAAACAUAGGCUCACUGAUGCGAAACAACAUGUUUCCCGGCUCCGGAAAAAGAAACCUUGCAGCACUAGCUCGAAAUGGCUUUGGCAAAAGGAAUGUUGGAACACUCGCAAGAGACUGGGCAUUACCAAAAUUGAAUGGCGGAUCAAAAUAUGCUGAUGAAGACGGAAAACGCAAUAUUCAAUCUCUAAAGAAUUCAAUCAAAGGAAGAAAGAAGCGCGAAAUUGUCGGUGAAAACGAACUUUCCGAGGGUGUCUUUCAAAAUGGACCCGUUGAUUACGAUGAACUCCUUCAGGCUUUAAAUGACGAAUUCCCAUAUGCUGAAAAGAGAUUUUUGGCACCUUAUGAGUCUGAUAAUGAUAAUAAUGAUAAUGAUUACGAUGCAGCAACAACAAUAACAUUAGAGAAACGUCAUCUUGGUGCACUCGCUCGCAGUGGCUGGAUACCCUCAUUUAGGCCGAUACGAAAUCGUUUUAGUCGAUCAGGACGUACGGAGAAUAUGGAACAAACUGGCGAAUCCUUCUACCAACUCGACAGACUACGACCGGCUCCUCUCGUAGGCACUUCUUGUAGACGAUGCGAACAAGACCAACAAUCUACAAAUGGUAUGAGAGGUCAGUGGGGUUUGGGCGAUAAUCAUUAUCCAUCCUUUGGGGGUUUAUCAUCUCCCGUUCGAACACGCUCAGGCAGUCGAUCACGUUCACCAAGAAUAACAGCAUUAAAUUGGCGUUCGGAUAGAUGGUAGAAAGUGAGAGAAAAGGAUAAAAUUGUGUAUAGAUUAUGUUUGAAUCGCGUAUGAUAAAUCCUCAUUACCAUUUCAUUUUACUUUUAUACUUUAUCCUACUCAGAGUUGUGAAUAUUGAAUAUUGAUCGUGGAAGUCAAUCUUUUUGUUGAUUCGAGUGCUCAAAUUGCUUUCCGUCAUCAAUUAUUAUUUAUAAAUCAAAAAGUCCACUUACAGCAUUGCGAAGGAGUAAAAUAACAUUUUUGGUGGGUUUUUCGAUGUAAACCAUUGCUUUCAAUCUGAAUUGAUUCAAACUACAUAAGUGCUGCUAAUGUUAUUUAUUUUUAAAAUAAUUGCAAAACUCACUGGGGAUUAUAUGGAAUGUUAUUUUUGGACCAGACUAUGUUGUUGAACUCUGACUAAUUGCUUGGAUGUAGACAUUAAGGACACUCAAGAAGUAGCCGUUAAUAUAGCCAUAUUACGUUGCAAUCAGCUGAAUUUGCAAUUAACACGAACUAAGGUAGCGCUUUGGUACCAAAAAUAUCAAUUUCUGCUAGUUCCUUACUGUUUUUUUUAAACCAUUCUUAGGCCCUUAUCAUAGGACCUUACCUUAUAAUAUCACUGUACUUCUUAGUGACGAUUAUGAUUAUUUGGCUAGAUUCUUAAAAAUAUACGAGCCUUAGUUUAUGAAUCAACAAUUAAAUGCUGAACAUUUCCAAUUCAAUGGAACCUAAACUUCAAAAUGUUACAGUACCGUACAUAAGAAUUAAUAUUUUCUAUAAAAAUAAGGCAAAUAAUACAAAACUUCUUCAAUUUCAACCCAACAACAUCCAACUCUGAGAUUUUUUAUUAUUUCAUCCUCAUUUUAAAAUUUAAAAGCCUAGAUUGAAAGCUUUUUGCUUCAAUAAAACUUGAAAGCAUCGUUCCUUUUUAUUGUUUCCGUGGUUUCCAAUUAAUUUUAAUCUCCUACUUUAUUUUUAUAGAGUAGAUUUGAUGAGAAUUUCUUUGAUUUAAAUCCCAUAUUAGUGUUCAAUUACAUUAAUAAGUCAGUACAUCGCCCACUUGACGUAAACUCUCAUGACUUGAGCUACGAUAAUCUUACUUAAUUCUCGUAAACAUAUAAAAAAUAAAAUCCAGAUUUUUCAUAUCCUAUUAUUAUGAUUAAUAUAAAUAGAUAAAAUACAAUACAAGCUAAUAAGAAUGACGAUGAUGAUGAUGAUGAUGAAUAUACAUAUAAAAUAUCUUACUUAUGACGAAAGAAAUGAAAACAUAUUUGCCAUAUCAUUGUAAGAUUGAAAUCUCCUGUAACUAACGUAAGAUUUAUUAAUUUGACAUCCCACCAACGCAAGUUUAGUUCAAACUUCUUUUCUUACUUACGUUAUUUCAUUUGAUUUGAUUCAUAUGCUUACGUAUUAUCAAAAAGAAAAUAGGAAAAAAAUGGAAAAAAGGCCAUCCAUCAUCAAAUUAUAUAUCUAUCAUGUGGCUGGAAUGGUUUAUGGUCAUUUUCAAUUACUUUUUUUUUCUCUUUUCUUUUUGAUUUUUCUUUAUUCGUGUUUAAGAUGAAGGAAAUUAAAAAUAGUUACGAAUUAUAAGAAGAGAUAAGGAGACUCUUUGAUAUCUCAUGAAGAAAUGGAAUUUGAUGGAAAUGUUCAAAGCUCAAAGAAGUUAUUUUUUUGUGAAUCAAAAUCCUUUUUAAGAAUUGAUCAUUUUGGUCUAUGAAAAUUAGAUAUUCAACUGAUUUUAGAGCAGAUAUCGAGAAUCUUUAGGUUGAAUGAUCUCUUGAAUAGCAUUUUUUGGUCUCCGAAAGAAAUAGAUAUGGAUACAAAUGAUAGAAAUGAAUGCAAAAUUAAAUAUUGAAUUGACAAUACUUGGAUUAUUACUAGUAAUGAAGAAUGAUUCAAAGGAACAAACUAUCUGUCAAAUAUAGUAUAGAAUAGUUGUCAUCAAAUUCUUACGAAAAAUAUGUUAAUCAGACCGGUGAAAAGUUGGCUUCAAUCAUGCUUUAAAAAAGUCUGUUUAAUUUCAGCCUUGCUUAAAACAAACUUUUUAAUUUUCUCGAUGCUGCGAAAGUCAAUGAAUCUUAAGGACGAUUCAAGAUGUAUAGAUGAGCUCAUACAAAGUAUACUUGACCAUACUUGACCAUACUAUUUUUGUAUACUAAUACAAACAAAAAAAAUUUUAAAUUUAAAAUUUUCAAGUUUUCAUUUAAAUACCGAUAAAUUCAUAACUGUUCGACUUUAGUCAGUUACUUUAAUUAAUAGUAAAGCAUUUGCAAUAUUCCUGUACCAACAAAACAUAAAAGAAAGUUGAAAAUUUUGCAAAACAAAAAUUUAAAGUUUUCUAUCAUAGUGUUAGUGUUUACAGAAAAUUCAAAAGUUUGUCCCUUAAAAACAGUGAUAUUUUUGUAUGAGCUCAUCUAUAUAUCUUGGGACGAUUCUACAACUUAAUUGACUAAGAUCAUAUUUUAUAAAUCGAUCCUUUAGUUGUGGUCUGUCUUAGUUCUAAAGUUCUUAUAGAUGAAAAUCUAGAGGCUGGUUUCUGGAGCUCCUUAGGACACCUUACUCUAGUUCCAAUCAAAUUUUGUUUGUCCAUUUUUGAUCCUUGAGUAGGUUGCCCUAAGUUGUCCUAUAAGCUAGUUUGAUAAAAGAGUUUUCGAUAUCAAUAUAAAUUCUGGUGAGUUCUAAAAUUUAUUUUUACCAUCAAUGCCACUCGUCACGAAGAAACAAAGCUAAUCAAAGCAUAAUCAAGCUUCUGAACAUUUCCAUUAAAUUCUUUAUGUCUCAAAAUUAAUUCAAGAAUGUCUAAAUUUAAAAGAUUUUUUAUUUUACAAAUUUAAUGUGAAACUCAGCCGUGUAAUAUUUCUUCUUGCUGUGCAUAUGACAAUGCUUUGAAGUUUUUCUAUUAAAAGAAUAUUGAGAGAAUAAAAAAUAAUAAUUCAAUUGACAAUAAUUUCAAAUAAAAAGAAAAAAUUCUCUCGUUUUUCAUGAAAAGUUGAGGAAGAAGAAUGAAAAAUUUUAAUGACAAUAUCAAAUAAUAAAAAAAAGGAACUAAUAAUGAUGAAAAAAAUAAUUAUGAGACAAUACAUUAUACAAAUAUUUAAAAUAACUAUUUAAAAAAAAAUUAUUUCCAAUAAAAUUGUGAGGGAAUGUCUGAAGGCUUUGUGCUGUUGUUGAAUAUGGGAUGGAAUUUUUGGAACAGAAUCCGAGCAGCAAUGACUAAGAGACUGAUUUGGUGACUACAAUGUUGAAAGUAGAACUUUACUUCUUCAAUAUAGCAGUGAUUACCACUCGGGGUUAUGUUUUGGACUAGAAUAUUCAUCCAGAAGAGAUAUUACAAUGAAUUUGCUGAUUUUGAGGAUGUAGGUUUAGUUAUCUGGCAAUUGAAGUGAUGACUUGCUGUUCCAGAUCACCCCAAAUGAUGCAAACGGAACAGAUUAUAUUCAAGUUUGUAACAAACAAACAACAUUCAGAAAAUAGUACUUGAGAUUGCUUUCGGGAUAUCCAGAAUUUUUAGUUUAACCCAAAAGGGAAAUUAGAAACCUCAGCAAAAUAUUCUGUAGGUCUAUAAACCAUCGCGAAUAGCAAAUGGCACAAAAGAGACGAAAAUUGAUCUAAUCCACAAAAAUCAAGAUCGGAGCUUGAUAAACCUUGUAUUAUUCAGCACAAAUCUAGUUCUUUGUUGAUUAAGGAUAUGUCACAUAGCCAAAAUGGUGCUGGUUUCAUCUGCCCAGUGUUGUAGCUUUUUAUUCGCCUCUUUAACAUCUUAUGCCAUUCGUUCAUUUGAAUCCCAAAGUUCAAACAUAAUGACUGCUUUUACCCAUAAAUCUUGCUAAUCAUUCGCGGUUAAAUUAUUCCACAGUGCAAAGCUGAGACAAAACCACAGUAAGACAAACCAAAGAAUUUCCUUUAAACUAUGUGAAAAAUUUAAAGAAGAUUUUUUUUUAUUGUGUGAUGCUUCAUCACCCCCAAAAGCAUACAAUACAUACUAUAAAAGGAAAAGAAAUUACAUGACAAUACAUGAAAAAUGACUAUAAUAUUAAACGUUAACAAACUUUAUUGAGUUUAUUAUAUAGACAUACUCAUAAUAAUAAUAAUAUAAAUGAUGAUGAUGAAAAUAUCAAAUAAUUUAUGAUUGCUUACUUAUAUGAUGAAAAAUGACAAGAAGCUUUCAGUGAAGAAUGAUGUAUAUAAGAGAUACACACAUACACACACAAACACAAAAAUAUACACUAACACAUACACAAAUACAUACAAUUUAAAUUAAACUUAUCACAUUAUAAUGCAUAUGAUGAUAUUUUAUUUAACUUAGAUAUUAAGGACAUACAUAUUUUACAAAGAAUAAAAGAAUCUUCCUUGUAUUUCCUCUCUUUUGCUCUGACACAUGUAAUAAGAGUUAAUGAACAACCUACAUACAAUACAUAUUUAUUUACAAUGAAACACACAAAAACUUAUUUAAAAAUGAACAUUAAAAACUUAAAAAAAAAACAUUUAUCAUUCAAAUGGACAUCAGGCUUCCCUAUAUUUUAUCAGUAACUGACCCUGAUGUGUAUUAGAAUAGUAGAAAUAAAGUCAAGAUCAAUAAAGUUUUGAGUCAAUAAAAAAUAAAGAACUCAAAUAGAAAGAAAUGAAAAGUUUUUGAAUAUUUUUGUGGAACUUACUUUUCAGGCAUGGUCGUGUAAAUUGAUAAAGCGAAGGAUUUUAUCAUAGGAAUGAUUCUGGCUGGCAAAAAUAGAUUUUAAACCAAAGUUGACGAUCAAAUAGCUUUGCUGAUCUUUGUUCUUGCUCAGCAUUGUUAAGCAACUUGUUCUAACACAAAAGUCACUUAAACCAACCUUAAGAUGCCAACAAUAGCUUAGCAAAAGCACAUAUUGUCUGUGGCAUAAACAUACAUUUGUAAAGAUCUUUUGUUCACUUUUGUGAAACUCGAGAUCAAGACGUAAUUUGCCUACACCCCCGGAGACACCACUGGAUGUCAAAAUCUUCAAAAAUUU